GCCGCGGCAUGGCGGCCGCGCUGCUGCUCGCGCUGCUGGCGGCGGCGCGCGCCGGCGACCCCAACGCCACCGAGCUCGACACCAACUCCACGCCCGCGCUCGCCUCCACGCCCGACCUGGCCCCCGACGAGAAGACGCCGCUCUUCCCCGAGGACGUGUUCACGGACGAACAGCGUCGCCAGGGCGCCGUGCUGCUCCACGUGAUCGGCAUGGGUUACAUGUUCGUGGCACUCGCGAUAGUGUGCGACGAGUUUUUCGUGCCGGCGCUGGACGUGAUCAUCGAGCGGCUGGCGAUCCGCGACGAUGUGGCCGGCGCCACGUUCAUGGCGGCGGGCGGCUCCGCGCCGGAGCUGUUCACCUCCAUCAUCGGCGUGUUCGUGUCGUUCGACGACGUGGGCAUCGGCACGAUCGUCGGCUCGGCCGUGUUCAACAUUCUGUUCGUGAUCGGUGCGUGCGCGCUGUUCUCGCGGACGACGCUGACGCUCACCUGGUGGCCGUUGUUUCGCGACUGCACGUUCUACUCGAUCAGUCUACUAGUGUUGAUAUACUGUUUCCGGGACAGCGAGAUCUACUGGCAGGAGGCUUUGGUGCUGUUCUCGCUGUACGGGGCGUACGUGAUGUUCAUGCGGUGGAACCAGCCGGUGGAGCGCGCCGUCAAGAAGCUGAUCUACAAGAACAAGGUGACGCGCGUGCGCAGCACCGACCAGCUGAUGCCCACGCACGGCAACGCGACAACGUCGAGCGAGACCUCAGUGGGCACCAACACGGCGACUGCGGCGACGGCGGGCACCAGCAAGGGUGCUCCGCCCACAGCCAAGUUCCGCCACGGUUUGCUGCAACUGAUGAUACAUACCAUCGACCCCAUGCACGACGGUGAGUUAGGCAAAGUAGACGAAAAAGCGACACAGCUGCACGCGAUAGCGUCGCUCAAGGUGCUACUUGAGGCGACGCGGCCGGCCGCGGGCGGAGCGGGCGCGACAGCGGCGCGACACUCCGCAGCCGCCGCCACGCAGGCCAAGGAGACGCCCCUAGAUCUCCCCAAUGGAGGUGUGGCGGCUGACGUCCAGUUAGAUGCUAUAGAAGAGAUCGGAGACCUGGAGGAGGACACGACGCCGCUGGACAUGUCGUGGCCCACCGGGUUCCGCAAGCGCCUGACCUACCUGUUGGUCGCGCCCAUUGUCUUCCCGCUCUGGAUCACCCUUCCGGACACUAGAACGCCGAAAGGGAAGUCCUUGUUCCCAUUAACUUUCAUAGGAUCGAUAGUUUGGAUAGCGUUUUUUUCGUACCUGAUGGUGUGGUGGGCGAACGUGGCGGGGGCGACGGCCCACGUCCCCCCGGAGGUGAUGGGGCUGACGCUCCUGGCCGCGGGGACCUCCGUGCCCGAUCUGAUCACGUCCGUCAUCGUGGCGAGGAAAGGCUUCGGUGACAUGGCCGUGUCCAGCUCCGUUGGGAGCAACAUAUUUGAUGUCACUGUUGGGCUGCCUCUGCCGUGGCUGCUCUACGGGAUCAUCUAUGGCGAGCCAGUGCAGGUCAACUCUAAGGGCAUGGUCUGCAGCAUCGUGCUGCUCUUCGCCAUGCUUAUCUUCGUCAUCAUCAGCAUCGCCUGCUUUAGGUGGAAGAUGAACAGAGGCCUCGGGUUCACGAUGUUCCUCCUCUACUUUGUCUUUGUCGCCGUAAGCCUUGGACUAGAGUACGGCUACCUCCAUUGUCCUGAGCACUGAACGAGUAAAAAGACUUAGCAGUCUCAAUGUCUUAGAGACAUUACGGUUACAUUUGACAGUCUGAGAAGCACAAGCGAUAAAUAUAAUAUUAUUAGAGUUUUUAAUUUCGUAUAUACAAAGUAUCGUAUUAAUAGUGAUUAUUUCAUCAAAGCAGCUGGUAACAGUGCUUAGCACAAUUUAAUUUUGGUACGUAAUUUUGAUGUCGUAAGCACAAAAUAGUUGUAAAAAUAUAUUGCUCAAGUUGCUUUAGUUACGUCAUUGUUGUUCGUGUUUGCGUUUAUAGUUUAGCUUCUUGGUUUCAAAUAAAUAUUACAAAGACUAAAAACAGUGAAGUCGUUGGAAGUAAAAUGGAAAGAGUGAGACGUUAGAAAGCAAAUUAUAAAAUGCUUCGAAUAAAAAUGAAUAAAAUUCUGACGCAGAAAAGAAAGAUGCAAGCGAAAUUGUUGAAGGAAUUACGCAUCUUACGAAAGAUGUCGACGAAAACAUUUUUUUGUAUCAAAAAAGCAAAAGUACCUAUAGCCACCAAUAGACUGUAGAUAGAUAUAUAUGAAUGUUAGUUGUUCAUUGCUUAAAGAGAAGUUUUGGCGUUAUGUUAUAAGUUCUAAUAGAAACCCGCAUUCAAGUGAAACUAUGAACAUCUGAGGUAUCUUUAAAGCAACUUCAAACUGCAAACAUUAUUUGAAGUAGUUAGAGACAAAUGAGCAAUAUUUGAAGUUUCAUUUACUGCAUUGAACAACCUUGUUGUUAGUAGUUUCACUUCAACGUGGUAUUAUAGUUAGUAUACUUACGUGAUCUAUUUUUGUAAAUAUUGAUUCUUUUAGUUUUGUAUAGUUGUGGCAGACAAAAAGCUAGUGGUUGAUUGUGUUUCUGUAGUUCUUUGUUGGUCGAACCGACCUUCAGUCCAUGUGUUGUUUCGAUUGUACUCUCGUGAUGAAAUGUAAGGGCUCGUCGGUCGAAUGUGGCAGAAAUGACAAAGGCUUUAUGGAGGUAAAGAACAGCAGGAUAUUGGUGAUGGAAAAUGUAUAGAAGUGUACGCUACAUUCGGUCAGACUGGUUCUGCGGAGCGUCAUAGCGUUAUCGUCACGGCUGACCCUUGGAAGUACAAAGGAAUCGACGAUGAAAUGUCAGCAAUGGCGGGGACUGGCGACCGCAGAACUAGGUCACGGCUAGGAACGGUUGCGGAUCGGUGUCGAGGUGUCGUGUCUGCACUAGCGGCUAUGCUGAUGAUGUACAUACACUCGUAGGAAGACAAGCGAUCGCGGGGAGCGGGGCAAAUGUGACAAUUUGAAUUAUUAUAAUUCUCAUUCCAUAAAAUGUGCCUAAGAGUUCUCGAGAGCUCAUUAACAUUGUUAGCUUCGAUAUUUAUAAUGUAAUGAACAGUAAAAGUGUUAUCUCGUACACUUUCAUCUAAUAGCAAUAUGGCUACAGCAACAUAGUGCUGUAUCGUUACUUCGCGGAGCAUGUGUCCCGCUCUUGAUAUUAUACGGUAGAUAGAUUUUUACACUAUCCUCGUAAAUUAGUCGACAAGUUUAUCUUCAUCCUCGUUUGGUUCUAGUUCUAAAAUUCUAUCUUCAACCGUAAAUAUUGUAUUUACUAUAUUGCAUCUGGCGGACUAGUCAAUUCUUAAAUAUAUAUCUAAAGUAUUAUUAGUGGUAUCUCCUUCCCUAGUAUACUGUGUCGUCGACACGCAAGUUCGUGUCGGUACGGAUAGUAAAUGUUAUUUCACUAAUUGGAACAUCUCGGAAACCGUCCAUAGCUUUUGUUUGUUCAGGUUUACUAUGACAUACUGGUUUCAUUGCUUUAGCCUGUUCACAUUGUUCACUUGUUACUCAGUUCGUAACUAGCUGUUCAGUCGGAGAAUAAUAACGAUUUAUAAAGACAAUUUUGUAAGUUCAAUUGUUGAUAUCCCACAAAGUUUUAUAUUGAUAACCCGCCUAUUUGACAUAGCAAUAAAUAGACUAGAAUAGAUAGUUAAAAUAUUCUUAUUGUUAAGCUUUAACAAUUCAGACCAUUGUAACGCUCAAAGUUGGAAACUCAUUGACGAACUUGGAAAUCGAAUACAAAAUUCAUGAAUGCGCACAAAGUAUUCCAAAAAUAGACGAUCGCUUAGAAAAUGUCAUUCAUAAAAUGUUUUCUUGGAACAUUAAUGUUCUUCAAUAAAUGAAGAAGAUGUACAUUCACAAGAUUAUAACAGUCCGGGUUUGACUGCAGAAGAUUUAGAAGUGGUGGACGCAAAAAGUAUGAAUCUAUACGAUACAAAUAAUAGCUUUCAAUAUUAAUAAAUAGCAUACUGUUCAACGACGCUUUCUUUAUGAUAGUUGAAGAUGUUUGUGCUUUUUUCGUCCAUCAUGUAGAGAUAAUAUAAAAUGAUUUAUAAAACAAUGGUUUUGAGACAAAUAACGACAUAUCGAUAGGUACCGGUACAUUCGAGUAGGUCAUAAUCUGUGAUAAGAGCAUGCUUAUGACGUAAUUGUAAAUUGUUUAUAGAAUCAAAUCACCUGUCAGGUCACAUAGAUUCUGUAAAUACUCGUACUAAGCUUGGAUUUGAUGAUAGCCUUCCGUAGAAUGCUUAGCAAAGCCACUGUCGAUCAAACAGUUUCAAUGACGAAGAAAACUUUAAGGACGGCUGUAGCCUUGUUGUUUGUAGCAUCAGUGAUCGAAGAUUAAGUCCUGUUUCACGACCUGCUGAUAAACUGUCUAAUUACCUAUCUACCGGUAAGUAUAAUAGUUUAUAUGUAGGUAGUGACAGACUCUUAAAAUCAUUUGAACGUUGAACCCUCCAUGUUUUGCAUCUCGAGUACUGCGACAUUUUGAUUUUUAGAUUUGGAUCGUUGGUAUCGUACGCGUAUUCGCGUGAUCUUGUUUUAGUGAUUGAGAGAAUCAAUAACGUGUGUGGGUACAAUGUUUGGUAUGAAUUUUGAGUAGAGUCCCAAGAAUAGGAGUUAGCAUAACAAAAUGUAAACUCAAAAUCAUUGACGCUCAAACUAUCAGGAAUAUGGCGCGUCCUACAUCUCUCUUUAAACGUUCUACUCUCUUCUUUUAUAUCAAAUACUAUGAAACUGUGCGAUCCAGUGGUCACUCUAUUACUAUAAGAUACGAAUGAUAUUUGCUCUAUUUCAUUCAAUUAUACUAUUUCUUUAAGAGUUGGUGAUAUGGUACACACUAUUACUUAAAGUUAGGAUGUGUAGAGAACUGUAUAAAUCAAAUAUAUCCUUUUACAAAGUAGUAGGUAUCGUGGCGAGCACCAAGUACCCAGUGUACGAGACACAACGCUACUGCUGUAAUAUUCUAUACGCUAUAUACUACGAUAUACACUAGAUUUCUAUCUAUCUCUUGAAUUAUAUUGUAAGUAGACUUUGUAAAUUAAUCAUCCUUCGAAGCAUAGUGUUGCGGUUAGGUGAAUUUGUCGAUACGUCUUGUGAUCUUCUUCCAAAAGUUUAUAUUUAUAUAUACUUAGUUGUAAAUCUACUUCGGGAUAUAUAUCUUUAUUCUUAAAAACUGUUGAACUAUUGUUUGUUUCGUCUUAACUUACAUAAUUAUCGAUUUUAGAAUCUUUUUACACUGAUACUUUUUGCAGCGAUGCACUACUCUAGCGAUUAUAUUAUCAAACAUUUGUAUUGAUCAGUAGCGAUAGAUUAUCGCGUUGGCAUCGAUACACAUGCGCGUAAGUAGCGAUACAGACACGGUGUUACUAUACUUACAUUAUAACAAAUAUGCUACUAAAAGUGUAUACAUGCACAAUACAGUCACGAUGCUGUAUCGCUGUGCAUUACAGUCACGAUGCUGUAUCGCUGUGCAUUACAGUUACGAUGCUGUAUCGCGGUGUAAUACAAUCACGAUGCUGUAUCGCUACUUUUAGAAGCGCGUGUGUCUAAUGGUUGACGUUCUGUGUUAUCAUUAUUGCUGUAUUGCUGCAAAAAGUGUCAGUGUGUAAAGAGCCAGAUCGUGUAUAGACUAUGUUUUGCAACUGUGUCAUGAUGUGAGCAACCUCGCCUAAUUGCACUCCAUGCGUACUAGUUACAUCAAGUUGCAUUUGUUCAAUACCAAAUAGCACAACCGAACUAGAUUCAUUAACUUUUCAAAGUUUGUUAUAAAUUAUAGUAACUUUAUAAGAUCGGGCCCCAUGGCUCUGGUCUCCACUUAUACCUACUAACAUAAUAUACCUUUAUAAACUUCUUCGUAAACUAAGUUAGGCUUAAAGCUAUCAUUAAAAUAAAUAAAAUGUUUAUUAAACAAAUUGAAAUAUGAUAUCCUGGUAGAGAUUGUUACUAGAGUGAUGGUUUUUAUAUAAAAAUUUAAAAUUAAAAGAUUGCAGAUAUUAAAAAAAAUGUUCGCGUUGUUCUCGUAUGCACAUGGAUAGGUCGAACACCACUUGGUAAUAAUGUUUAGUGAAGUUAAGCUAAUCUGGUUCAGCUUUAAAUAUAUCUGUGUGUAUACAAGUACAAUGGACCUAGACAGCGAUUCUGUUCAUAGCUACAUCUCGAAUUCGAGCGACGGAUGAAACUGAUCGACAAUUUUAGCCCUCAUAUAUCGUCGUGUUAUAUAGUGAAAACCAUAUAAGCGCCAUUUUGAAAAAUCACAUUCGAAUGUGAUUUUUGUUAACAAAGUUUUAAUCGAGCAGGGCUAACUUCCCCUUGCCGCCAUCCCAUUUGCGUCAGACAUAAUACUGCGGGGCGGAAGGCAAGAGGAAAGCCACUGCCCUUUUUUUCCCUAAAAAAGUAUAUUAAAUGCUACCCCGACAAGAGCGUGGCUCUUAAAUUGAUGAUGAUGAUGAUGAGGGCUAACUUGCGCAACGUGACAAAUUAUCGAUCAAUUCAAUAACUUUGUCGAAAUCGAUAAGAUUUUUUCCCUAACAUGUGUGACACGUGAUUUUGUUCGUAUUUUGACAGAACAACAUGACUUAUUUGGGUUCGCAUAUUACCAUCAAUCGACAAAACGAGAUAAUUAUAUCGUCAGAGUCGAUAAUAUGACCGUGACAAAAUUUUAUCACGUUGUGCAUGUUAGUCCUACAGGUGAAAAUUUUUUAGCCCGAUUAAAAUUAAUUUAAAGAUAUUGAGGCGUUGUUGAAGAAAAUCACUUUAGAAAGUGAUUUUUCAAAGAGGUCCUUACGUGGUUUUGAAAGGCAACGAUAAGCUCCUUCAACUACUUAAUAUCUCUUUGUUAAGUAGUUACAAAGUUAGUUAGUUACUCUUAUUUUAACUCUUUUACUUACUCUUACUAUAUUCCUUUACCACCUUACAAAUAAAAAAUAAACCAGAGACGAACGUGGGUUUAAGUAUUUGUCAACAAAGAAAAAUUGAAUCCAAUUAUCACACAAUUCGACUGAACUUUGCUUGGCUGUCAAAUACUACUUUUUAUUUGUAAGGUGGGUGUUCACCAUCUCCUACAGUCAGCAGCAAAAAUCAAUGAACACAUUAAAUUAAAUAGAAAUACUUAUUGAGCAUCUCAUAAUUCAAUUGUUCCAUAAUUAGUUAGUGUCUUAAAUAACUAUCGCUGAACUUAUUUGAAUAAUAAGUUGUUAUCAAAAAUAUUCUCACUUCAGAAUAAAUAAAAUUAAAUAUAGACAAUAAACUUAAAAUCAUUUAUUAAGUAAGUACUUACUCUUGAUCAAAUUGUGUCGAAUAUUUAUUACCGUUACCGUUCAUAAAUUUAUUGUUGCUGACAGUACCCGAACUCCCUUCGUAUUAAAAUGAGCUGAGCAUGAUAAUAUUCUAUUUUUAAAUUAAGAUUAAGUACCUAUUUCUUACUUAUAAAUGUUUUCUUGCAUAAUAUAUGUUCCAGAGUGUUCUUUAUGUUACUGUUUUUAUUCAAUCUCUUAUUAAUUAAUAUCGAAAUUAUAGUUCUCGAACUCGAGAUGCCAGCGUAGAUUGUUAUAGUGAUAUUACAAAUUAAGUAAACAUAAAAAUGUUAUUAAUUUUAACGUAGGUAAGUUUAGGAUUUUGAUCAUGUUGUAAAGGGGAAAUCUGCGUGCAACUGACGUUUGUCAGUUUACUAUGGUUGGUCGAGGUACAGACAGCAGAACAAUGCAGUAUUAAAUAUUUACUUAGCUUGGGAAUAAUUUGUCAUUUUUGUAUAAUUAUUAUUAUAAAUUUCGCCAGUAAUUGUUGCUCUUAUAAAAGCUUUUAAUGAUUGUUGAUGAUUAACAUUGUGAUAGUUUCUUAAAUAGUUUAUUGCUGACCUUCACUUGGUUCGGGUUCAGUUGACAGCCUCAGUGCCCGCGUCUGUCGACGAUAUUAUGAAAAUACAAUAAAAAUAAUAAAAU